UGGAUUGAAGAAAAAUGGGGUCAAAGUUAAUGAGUCUACGAUCACUCGAAUCUUACAAACCAAGGACCAACGACUUUCUAAUGAAAUCGUAAAUCUAGAAGCUAAGCGCCAUAGAGCCGUUACUGUACCAGAGCUUGAGCUUGCACUCAAGGAAUUCAUACUA